UUUGUACAAACAGAAAAAAUAUUAUUAUGGACUAUCAAUCAAAUUUAAAAAAACAUUGUAUCUCUUAAAUAAACUCCAUAGAACUAGUGAGUGGACCGAGUUAUAACAAUUGUUUAGUUCAAAUUUCCGUUCUUAUUUUAGUUUUCCGGUGUUAUUCUUAUUAUUGAGUUCCUGUUGAUUGUCUAUUUAGUAUUUUGUGUGUAUGUAUAAGUGUGUCGUAUUAGAAUUUCAGGAUAAAAUGAUCUAACAAAUAUGAAAGAAAAAUCACUGUAUGACAUCAAGAGUGCAUUAAUAAUAAUAAUGACUUUAAAAUGAAUUUCACAUCAAAAAAUGUCUUCACUUGUCUAUUUUUUCGACCCUGGCUAGGCGUGCCGUUGGGUAUAUGGGUGGCUGUGUCUAUUGUGUAUUAUUGGUGGUUAAUAUCCAGAAUUGAUGUGUUGGAAACUGAAAAUAAAGUGAUCAAGAAGCAAUUAUCAUUGGGUAGUGUUCACGAAGUCAUUGACGGAGCCACCAGUUAUACCGUGCCUGAGAUCCCAGAUGUUGUUGGUACUCUGUGUGAAACGGUCCACAUAGCUUUGGUGUGUAUGGGGAAAUGCACUCGUAACAUAACACCAAUGUUGAAGUCUCUCCUACAUCAUCGACAGAAUCCCAUACAUUUCCACUUUAUAGUCGACCCGGAAUCAAUGCGGACUUUAAAUAAACUGUUUGAAACGUGGGAUUUGCCCGACGUGAAAUACAGCUGCUAUGACGCCCAAGACCGUCUGUCUGAGGUCAAAUGGAUCCCCAACAACCACUACUCUGGUGUAUAUGCACUCGUCAAACUUCUCUUCCCCAGCAUAUUGCCGGAUAAACUGGAACAGGUUAUAGUACUGGACUCUGAUCUAACAUUCCUCUCCGAUGUUUCUCAGCUGUGGCACAUGUUCAGAAACAUGAGCAGUCUGCAGUUCAUAGGACUAGUUGAAAACGAAAGCAACUGGUACACCAAUCAGAAAACAAGAUGGCCGGCGCUACGACGCGGAUACAAUACGGGUGUCAUGUUGUUAGAUUUAUAUAAAAUAAGAUCACUCAUAAGCUGGACUAGUGUUUGGCAGAAGACCGUCAAUGAAAAUCUUAACAGGCUCAAAACCACCGCUCUGGCUGAUCAAGACGUUAUAAACGCGAUCAUAAAGAACCAUCCCCACAUUGUCUAUGACAUCAGCUGUCAUUAUAACGUGCAAAUGUCAACUCAAACGUUAGCCAAGAACUGUUACGGUGAAGACGUUAAAAAUAUUAAGAUAUUACAUUGGAAUUCUCCCAGCAAAUACAACAUCCGUAUCCGGGACGCUGAUUAUUUUAAAAACAUUCAUCAAUCAUAUGUUAAUUUCGAUGGCAAUUUGUUGAGGGAGAAGUUGCAUCGGUGCUCUCAAAACGAAGUUGUGACAUACAAGAUGAACCAUUCAGACCUUUGCCUAAGCUUCCGAGCUGCUCAAAGAGUAAAGUUAAGAACGCACAUAUACUACAUGGACUAUAGCUAUAUGAAUGUUGACAAUUUUGAUGUAACUCUAGUUCUACAAUUGUCUAUGGACAGAUUACAGUUUUUGGAGAGGAUUGUCAAAUAUUGGGAAGGUCCGUUGAGUGCUGCCAUCUACCUGUCCGACUGUGAAGUUACUAAACUAGAAAGUAUCCUAAGGGAUUGGUCGUCAACACUUAACAUAAAAAAUAAUAUUGGAUACCACUUGGUGUUUAAGCAUGAUUCGGUACAUUAUCCAGUGAACUAUCUUCGUAAUGUAGCCUUGGAGAACGUGAACACUCCAUAUGUGUUCCUUAUGGACGCCGAUUUCGUACCAAUGGCCGGUCUGUACAGUUAUCUGAGGGAAUCAAUAAAGUUGAUCAACCCGUAUCCACAGAAGAAGUGUCUGGUGGUGCCGGCGUUUGAAACUCAAAGGUAUAGGGCUUCACCACCCCGGUAUAAGGAGGAAUUGUUAUCCAGGCUCUCCAUCAAACACCUUGGGGAUGUUGCUCCGUUCAGGGCCAGAGAGUGGCCCAGGGGACACAGGGCUACUAACUACAUAAGGUGGUCGACUGCCACUGCCCCGUAUGAGGUAGAUUGGCAGUCGGACUACGAACCGUACCUAGUGGCACAUCGCAGCAUUCCUAAAUACGACACGAGAUUCUCUGGCUUCGGAUGGAAUAAAGUGUCUCACAGCGUUGAACUCCGUGCCCAAGGAUACAAACUGUCGGUGCUGCCGGGCGCGUUCGUGGUACACACGCCGCACGCCCCCUCCCCUGACAUCACAGCCUUCAGAGCCGAUCCGCACUAUCGCGUAUGUCUAUCACUUUUGAAACAAGAGUUCAUGGACGAUCUCAAGAGGAAGUACAACGUCACACUCGAUGAUAACCAAAGAAAAUAGUAUUUAUUUAAAGUAGUAAUUAUUAUUAUUUUUAUAUUUCCUGCAAGCCUAAAAUCGAAAUUUAAUAUAUUAAUGGAAUACGUAUAUGCUUUAAAAUGAGAUUAAAUAGAAAUAUCAUUUUUAAUAUCUCUCACUGUUAUUUGGUAACUAAUAUGCGUAUUUGUAAGCAAACAAUUUAAGUAUUUGUGGCCUAAUUCACUAUAAAGGCCUAUAUACACUGUUGUAUUAAUUUUUUUUGGUGCGCGUAGCAAUUUUAUAUAUUUCGAAGUAAAAUAUACACAUUCAGCUAGCAUUAUAUAUUAGAUAAAUAAUUAGGAAAGCAAUCUCAAAAGUACCUUUAUACGUUUCCACCCAAUGUUCCUUGUAAUACAAAUAAUAUAGAUAUUAUAUAUUUUAAUUAUAAUUUAAGCCUAACAUCUUCAUCGUAUCAUUAUUUUUAUAAUAACAUAGUAUUAAUAAAACAUUUUUAAAUGAA